AUGUCGAUCUCGGCAGCCAAGUCGUCCGUCACUGUUUUCACGCUGGAUCCGAAGGAGUUCAAUCGUCACCCGGCUAUCAUCGUCAACGGCGAGGCUUUACCGCUG